CGCCAGAGGCGCUGGUGGAUGAAUCAUCCACCAGUUGCUGUGGAAAAAGUGAGGAAUUCAUGACCUCUGAGGAGAUAACAGCUCGGAAAACAGCCAGAUAUGCAGCAAAUAGACAGUGAAGAUUCUAAUUUCACACGCAGCCAAUUUCCCUUCCACCGCGAAAACUCACUACGCCACUGUGACGAAGAAGUGGCAAACAAGAGUGGUGAAUAGCAGUGCCAAAGAGCAAGCGAAAGAAGGAUUUUCGCAACAAAGACUUGCUCUUCUUGGGGCUGAAAAGACUGCAAUCGUACAGUGCUAGAGUUAAAGAAAAACCAAAGAAUAACAGAGAACUUUGUGUUGUGCUGUCUUCCCGACAAUCAUGUAUACCUUAGCGAUUUUCCUGGAGGAUCUCCUCGCCAUAUGCUUGCUUAGUUUAAUCCCACCGACCUUAUUGCUCCUCUUGCGCAUCCGGCGCUGCUACAAGAGGCGGCCCCGGAUGAGGAGCAACACCGCGAGACUGAUGGUGGUGUUGGGGCCUGGAGGACACUCUGCCGAGCUGGCGGAAGUGAUCAAGUUGAUGGACUUCGCCAAGUACACGCCAAGAUGCUAUGUUUGCAACACGACAGACGAGCUGAGCGAGAUGCGCGCCAGAGAGAUUGAGCAUCCUCGUGAGCCCUACAUUCAGCGCAUCCACCGCGCCCGGAAUGUGCAUCAGAGCUUCUUCAGCUCCAUCUUCUCCACACUCCUGUCCACGCUACAGUGCGUCCCAGUCGUGUGGGGCUUCCAGCCCGACUUGGUGCUCUGCAACGGUCCGGGAACGUGCAUUCCCGUCUGCGUCGUGGCAUUCCUCUUGGGCUGCUUGUGGCCGUUUCGCGAGCCCUGUCGCAUCAUCUUCCUGGAGAGCUUCUGCCGCGUGCGCAGUCUCUCGCUGAGCGGCAGAAUCCUGCAGUGGAUCGCAGACCUGUUCGUCGUGCAGUGGCCGAAUCUCGCGACGAAGGACAGGAAGUACGUUGGGAGACUCUUUUGA